CUCGUGGCCGUGGCUCAGUUGGAAACACGAAACGACUGACUUUGAAUUUGUCAACUGUGAUUACGCCAUGGCUGAUACUAAAUUAUCAGUGCGUCAAACAGUGCGGGAAUCGCAGAAUAUUCUCACCUCGUCCAGAGAUUCCACAGAACUCUGCAGAGCCCUGGAGAGGAUUUCUGCUCUGCUACCCGGGUGGAAUGGGAACAAUGUAACCACUCUGGGCACACCGAGUGAAGCAGCGGCGGAGUUUGGAGCCAGCCACUACGUCCGCUUCUUAGAGUUUCUGGUCGGUCAGUUUAGCCUGGAUUGGUGCAGCCGGUUUACAGUCGAGGAGCGAGACAGUUUGAUUGAUGUCUUCUUCUUGGAUGGUGUUCACCAUCAUGCUUUUCUGGUGCUGUGCACUGCAGUCACACAGAGCAGUCCGAGCUUCAAACAGAACAAGUGUCUGUCUCUCCUGGAAGACUUCCUCCUCCGUGGCAGGAUGACUGACAUCAUCUGGACACAGUGUUGCAUCCUGUCGGAUCUCACCGACUCGGGGACCCAAUCAGCCAAACACCGUGUCCUCUGGGAACAGCUCCUGACGGUGAUAGUCUCAUUGCCAGACAGAGUAGCCAACAGAAUGCAAGACAAGUGCAGCAUUAGUUUUCACCCCAAGCAAUAUUUCACAUCUCUCGCCAAAGAUCUUGUGGUGGUACUCCACAAAGUGUAUAAUCAACUCAAAGCUACCCAAGACUGCUCCUUGCUGUUUGUAAGCCAGUUGAUAGGCAGGAUAUGUCUGAAUGGACACGCAGAUACCAUAUUAUCCUUUCUUCUGCCUCACUUUGUCAAAUUUACGGCUGAUGAUUUCCUAUGGUGUCGUGUCUGCUCUCGUAUCAUUGUUGGUACUCCAGAGAGAUGCAUGGAGAGCAUCAUGGACAGCCUCCUUAAGAAAAUACCAUGGUAUGGCAUUGUGUCGAGGCUCCUGGGGGAUGCGGUGCUUAGCAACAAGAAAUUGCUCUUUUUGCUCACUAACAAGUUCCUCCUCCUCAGAUGCUACAGUCAGGAGUUGGUUCCACAGAAUAUCAUCGGCUAUUUAGCAGACUCACCCAACAGGAGACACCUAGUGGUCAAAACUCUCAGGACCUUGUUGGAUGUCUGGGGAGACAGUAGUGCCGUCAAGCACACGGCCUAUGACCAGCAUGCCUACUUGACCAAAGUAAUGCUCAUCUGCCUAGGCCAUCUCAACCAGCAGGAGAAGGCAAAGCACAAAUCAGUUCUCAUGCAGAAGCUGCUGUCUGGAAUGCAGUGCCACCUGAACAGCCCCCUGCACAAAGUGCGCCGACUAGGAAUGAUCGCAGCCGAGGCUCUUACCAAGACAUUGGAGGCAGAGGGACCGAAGCUGACUUUCGAGUACGAGAAGGACGAGGAGAGUCGACUGCUGUGGUCACUCUUGGUGCCCCCUAAAGACCCUGGGAUAGAGGAGAUUACAAAAGACGUUGUUGAGAUGUCUCUCAGUGAGGAAGAGAGGAAGAGGGAAAACGCUGCCUUUGGAAAGUCAGAGCAGAAAAAUGUGUCUCCAUUGCACCCCAGUCAAGACAAUGACCUGGACAGUGACGAUGAUCUGGAGCCAUACGAUAUGUCGGAGGACGUCAAGACAUCUCAAGUCCAGACGCCCAUGUACAUAAGGGACUGCAUUGAGGGUUUGCAUGCUAAAGAGAAUCGUGAACUGACAGAGACCAGUCUGAAAGUGGCUGAGAAACUUGCUAGGAGCAAACCAGACAACUUGCCAGAGGUUUGUGUAGAGUUCCUGCAGGUUCUUCUGCAUCUAGAGGAUAUCUAUGAGAUUGAUGACUUCAUGGUCUUGAGGCACUCGGCGAUGGUAGCUGCAACUGUACUAUGUCCAAUCCAGGCAUCUCAAUAUUUGACAACUGAGUUCUACGACAGAAACUACAACAUCAGACAGAGGCUGGACGUGCUGGAGGUCCUUGCGGCUGCAGCCCAAGAACUUUCCCAACCCCUGGAAGCAACGGCGCCCUGUAGUGGUAUUCAGAAACCACGCCGACCUUUGACCCAGGCUGCACCAAACCCUUCGGAGGAGGCGGAACAUUGGAGGGAUAUUGUACAGAAAAGGAUCGAGAGCAAGACCAGGCGAUUUGCUAAAGGAAGGAGUACCCCAGCUCCUAUCCCCAUCGCCAGUAGGUUUGCCCCUGUUGCCGGUUAUUUCUUCUUUCCGCUUCUCAAGAGCUACGACAGUAAUCUCAACACCAUGGACAUGAUGGGUGAUGACUUCCUACUCCUCGGUAGAAUGCUCUACACCCUUGGCAUUGUGGUACACGCUGCCCAACAUGCACCGAUUUGCAGACAAAUGGCAGUCAGUCUACUGGAGUUAGUCUGGACUCUGAGGUACCACACUGAAGUGUUCGUGCGGCAAGCCCUGAUGUUUGCCGUCUCCAUGGUGAUACUGAGCAUGCCCAGUCAUCUCUUGAUCUCUGACCUCCAGGAUGAGAUGUUGGAAUGCAAGCUUUGGCUAGAAGACAUCGUUGGCAAGGACCCCAAUGCGGAGUGCAGAGACCUGGCAGCACAGACCUUGAUGGUCCUGGGAUCAGUGGUCCACAAGGAGUUGAAUGCUGAAGCAAGGUGACACUUAUCACAGUAGCACCACGGUUCUUUUUCAGAAAAGGAAAGCGUUGCUGUAUUGUUCCUCUUGGUUCAGUACAGCAACCUGGCUUCAGCACGUUGCCCAAGAGAACUAUAACUGCAUGACAGCGCUCACACAAUCCGGGGUUUCAAUUUCUGUUGAUAAUGAUGCAGACUUUUAAGCUUCCCCUAGGCCUGUGGCUGUUGAAUCUGCACUCUUCCAGCAUCUGUAGAACAGUCUCUUGAUUUAUACCAUGCACGGAUUGUGCUUCAUUAUCCACUAGACACAUUCAGCAGUUAUCAACCCCCCCAACCAAGCUUGACUUUGAUAUCUUGAGUAUUCUGUAUAUCUAUGUAGCUUUUAUAGCCCCAAACCCCUGCUUGACACCAAAUAUUCAUGUCGCAAAAUUCACAAGAAUUCACACUGAAAGGAUUUUCUUGCAUUUUGUUUGAAACCGAUUGAGCCACUCAGACGAGUCCGAGGUGCCUAUUUCCGAUAUCCAAAGGUUGGAUCUAUGAGUACUGAAUGCCAUCCACUCCACCACUAUCCAUAAAUAACAACCGCAGGUUGACGCUAGUCAGUAGUGUGCAUAUCUUUGAACACAAGCAUUUAUUGCACUUCAAUAAACAUAACCUAUACCUCAGUACAAUUCAACAGGAAAGAAAUGAAAAUGUAAGUAAACAAAAACACCCCCCCCCCCACAUUUGAGAUGUUACUAUUGUUUUCAUCAUUAGUUAAUAUUCAUUUUCUUGUGUUCUUAAGUUGCGACCUCCAGUGUAAGUACAAGGCAACGGGGCGUGUUGUCACGACCACAAACAUGACUGUAACAUUUGAUUGAGUUUGUGGAUUUAGUUGAAUAUUUUUCCCAGCUUUAAUUAAUAAAGUAACUUCGGGACCGAAUGAAACCAAAAAUCGCUGUUGUUACCUGGGUGCAUUACAGUGGAUAUUAAACGGAUAAAAAGAUGACGAAGUGGUCAUGAUGGGGUUUGCUGUUUCAUUGCUGCAAAAUAUUUGGACUGUGAAAUAUUUUACACUCAUGGCAAAUAAGGAAAGGAAAUGUCAGAUUAUCUCUAAUCCACAAUCCACAGACAUCUGUGGAGCUGUUCAACAUGGAAAUGCAAACCAUUUUUUUUUUUCACUUCAGAAUUUUUGUUGGGAUGAGAAAACAUGACCACCAUUAUGUUGCUGUCCGGUAUAAACAUGUUUUUGGUAAUGGCUGUGAUAACAUACCUCUACUGAAGCCAAGUGUAACUGACAAGGUCUGGUGCACACAAGGUGCCUACAUUUGAACAUGUAGACAGGUGCCAAACUAAACGAUGACUGUGAAAAACAAGGAGAUACGAUCAUGUCAACCACUCACACAUACCACAUACAAAAUGCUUGCAAUUCGUGUUGAAUAGCAUUUCCUAAUUUGGAAGGGGGAUUGGCCAAAAAAUUAGAAUACGCACCUACAUGCAUUUCAUAAUGGUGUCCUUGUGCACCC